AUGUCAGCUCCGAUUGCACGUACCGCUGCACGAGUACUCAGUAAUUUACGAGAUCAGGCCAAAGCUCUUCUACCUUUACUCGGACUUAUUGUUUACACUGUGCUCGGUGCCUUAUUGUUUAGCGAGUUAGAGGGUCCUAACGAGCAAUACGAAUUGGAACUCCUCAAAAAACAGAGGGAAGAACUGUUUGAGAAUACAGUGAUCCGACUAAACAAUGUCCGAGCUAUGCAACCUUUAGCAGCCCUCAACCAUACAAGGAGGAAUUUGUUAAAGUUCCAGGAAAAACUUGGAAUAGAGCCAGUAAAUCCAGAAGAGACUCGAUGGAAUUUUUGGGGAGCAAUUUUCUACUGUAUGACAGUUUAUACAACAAUCGGAUACGGUAAUAUUGUACCUGUAACAACAGCCGGUCGAGUGCUAACAAUUCUCUACGCUUUUAUUGGGAUCCCAAUCGCUGUUCUUACACUUUUUGCUCUUGGUGCUAUGUUUGCUAGAUUAUGUAAGGUGGUCUGGAAAACUAUAAUAAAAUCCACGAAAGUGGUUAGCAAAGAUCUGGAACAGAAGGUAAGCGCAGCUGUCGGUUUUGGUGAUGAAACAAAACCACAAAUGGAUCAGUCAUCCUCAAGCCUCGGUGAUGAGGAUCUUUUAUCGUUCCCUAUUUCAUUCCUCAUAUUUCUUACAAUUCUUUGGGUAUUUGUAUGCGCAUGGAUUUUUACAUUAUUUGAAGAUUGGAGUUAUGGUACAUCACUGUAUUUUACGCUUAUUUCUUUCACAACUAUUGGAUUCGGAGAUGUGUUACCAUCUGAAUACGAUUACAUAGUAAUUGUUGGAUUUCUUCUACUUAUCGGAUUAUCGCUUGUUUCAACUGUUCUCACACUUAUCCAACAACAAAUUGAAGCACUCGCAUCGGGAAUGCAAGCAAAUAUUGAUCGGGAGUACAUGAAUGCACUUGCUGAAGCUGCAAAUGAGGGAGAGAUAUCCGAGAAGGAUCUGAAGAAGAUGAGUAUUGAUAAUGCACUUACAGAAGGAGGAAGUGAAUCCACGCAGAAACAUGAAGUUGAUCCACGAUCCAUGGAUGCAGUGAUCUCGAGAAUGCCUUUUAAAGAAAGGUUACUAUAUAAAGUAAUGCCUACAUCUUCAAAGAAAAGACUUAUCGAACAAUCUGAACAGAAAAUGCAUCGACAAAAUCGUGGAGUGCAAACGGAUCAAUCCCUACUACAGGCUUUAAUACAUGAAGAAAUUCUUAAAAUGGAAUUAAACAACGAAUUGCCGUCACGAAAUGAAUCUCCUACUCGCAAACCGGCUACAGGAUUUCGUAUUGGUAACGUGGUUCCAGUAUCUGUUGAAGAGCCACCACACCAACCAACCGUAAGAACGACGACAAUUCGUGAAGAUGAAGUAUAG